AUGGCCAUAAUCUACAGUGAGCUAAUGAGGAAGUUCGACACUUUAAGUGAACACAUUAAGAGACUGGACGGUCAAGUCACGGAAAAUGCGACCACCAUCAAAAGGGAGACAGGACGUCUCCCUGGGCGGACUGACGCAAAUCCGAAACGUAAAGUUAAUGCUGUGUUACUAAGGAGCAGAAAACGCCUCAUCCCGAGCACAAUAAAGAUCAACAACACAGAAAAAUGUGCUGAAGUUGAGAAAACCGGCGAAAAUAGGUCACGACCAAUAAUCCUUGAUAGCCCCAAUCCCGAAUCAGAAACACCUCAAGAGAAAGAGAGUUCCAAUACUGAGGAAGCAGCCAUCGACCUCGAGGAGGAAGAAGAGGAACGACCCUUAAUCGAUAAACAAACUUCCUACGUGGACUAUAUCUCUGAGUUGGCUGAAGAAUCUUUCAUAGACAUGUGCUCAGACGAUCCCCUGGAAAAAGUACUCACGUCCAGUGAGGAAGAAACAAUUAGUGUUGACAGCAGAGCUGAGGAAUACACACGAUUGAUGGACGCAAGUAUGGAAGUAGCGAAUGUUGAUGACAUAGAGGAUGACACUUUGGAAAUAAACGUCGAUCGAUAUUUGGAAAAAGCUGUCGAUCGACAACCAUCUCCCUUAGAAGAUUGGGAUCCUGAAAAAGCACCAAAGAUUGAGUUAAAGAAACUACCCGCUGGACUCAAAUAUGCCUUUCUCUAUAAAAAUUCCUACCACGUAAUCGUGAACGCCAAUCUGACUAAUGUAGUAAACAAACUGCGAAAAUAUAAGAAAGCCCUCGGAUACUCUCUCGAGGAUGUUCAUGGUAUUUCUCCAGACAUGUGCAUGCACCGGAUUCACCUAGAAGACGAUUCAAAAUCGACAGUGGAGCACCAAAGGCGACUAAACCCAAACUUGAAAGAAGUUGUCAAAAAGGAAAUAAACAAACUUCUAGAUGAUGGGGUCAUUUACCCAAUUUCGGAUAGCAACUGGGUUAGCCCUGAGCAUGUCGUACCAAAAAAGGGCGGAAUCACUGUGGUGAAGAAUGACAAAAAUGAGCUCAUCCCUACGCGAACUGUCACCGAACAUCGGAUGUGCAUCGACUAUAGGAAGUUGAACGCUGCCACAAGGAAAGAUCACUUCCCUUUACACUUCAUUGAUCAAAUGUUGGAAAGAUUGGCAAUCACCAAUAUUAUUGUUUUCGUGACGGUUAUUCCGGAUUUUUCCAAAUCCCUAUACAUCCUGACGAUAAAAAAAGACCACUUUUACAUGCCCUUACGGAACAUUCGCAUACCGCAGGAUGCCUUUCGUUUCAAAAACUGUCUCGAUAACCUAUGCAAAGCCCUGGCAAGAUGUGAAGAAAAGAACCUCGUUCUGAAUUGGGAGAAAUGCCACUUUAUGGUUAACGAUGAGAUCGUCCUAGGACAUAAAGUGUCCGCUGCUGGCGUAGAAGUAGAUCGGGCGAAGAUUGAGGUAAUGACCGGCUUGCCUGCAUCUACGAACGUAAAAGACGUGAGAAGUUUUCUCGGACACGCCGGAUUUUACAGGAUGUUCAUACAAGAUUUUAGCAAAAUCGUUAGACCUCUCACUUUCCUCCUCUGA